GCCAUUCCUACAAGCGUGUGUUUUCAUCUCCCAUUGCAAAGCAUUGGCAGAGCUUUUCACAAACUUCUACCUGCUCCGGUUCCCUGAUAUCCCCAGACAUGGACAUGGACAGUGCCAGCUCUGUGGUGCUGCAGGCCCUGACCCAGGCCACCAGUCAGGACACGGCGGUGCUGAAGCCGGCCGAGGAGCAGCUCCGACAGUGGGAGACGCAGCCGGGCUUCUAUUCUGUGCUUCUGAAUAUCGUCAACAACCACAUGCUGGACGUGAAUGUCAGGUGGCUGGCUGUUCUGUACUUCAAAAACGGGAUUGACAGAUACUGGAGGAGGGUAGCACCUCAUGCUUUGUCAGAGGAGGAGAAGACAUCAUUACGCGCUGGGCUCAUCACAAACUUCAAUGAACCAGUCAAUCAGAUAGCUACACAGAUCGCUGUGCUCAUUGCUAAGGUGGCGCGGCUGGACUGCCCGCGGCACUGGCCCGAGCUCAUCCCCAUCCUCCUGGAGUCAGUGAAGGGUCAGGACAGCCUCCAGCAGCACCGCGCCCUGCUCACCUUCUACCACGUCACCAAGACCCUGGCCUCCAAAUGCCUGGCCCCAGACAGGAGGCUCUUCCAAGAGCUGGCGUCAAGUAUCUACAGCUUUGCGUGUUCUCUAUGGAGCCACCACACCGACUGCUUCCUCCAGCAGAUCUACGCCCGGGACGAGGGGCCGGCUCUCAGCUCACUGGAGAGGACCCUGCUGUCACUCAAAGUUCUCAGAAAGUUGACAGUCCAUGGAUUUCCAGACCCUCAACAGAACCUGGAAGUUAUGGGCUUCCUGAAUGCUGUGUUUGAAAGGCUAAAGCAGUUCUUGGAAUGUUGUCGACAGGUUGGUCCUGAGAGCCCCUGCAGAGAGAAACUAGAGAAGACGAUUAUCCUUUACACCAAAGUGUUGUUGGAUUUUCUGGAGCAGCAUCCGUGCGCUUUUAUCCCUCACAUCCAGCGCUCCCUGGAGUUUGCUGUGAGCUACGUGUUUACGCCGGCAGGGGAGGGAAUCACCUUUGAACGUUUCAUCGUCCAGUGCAUGAACCUCAUUAAAAUGAUCCUGAAGAAUGAUGCCUACAAACCCAACAAGAACAUUGAAGACAGUAAACCAGAGAGUUUGGAAGCUCACAGGAUCAAGACGGCGUUCUUCACACACCCCACACUCGCUGAAAUUGGGCGCAGGCUGGUCUCGCACUACCUCCUGCUCACCGAGGAGGAGCUGGCCAUGUGGGAAGAGGACCCAGAGAGCUUCGCUGUCGAAGAAACCGGCGGUGACUCCUGGAAGUACAGUUUGAGGCCCUGCACAGAAGUUUUGUUUCUGGACAUCUUUCACAACUACAGCCAGACUCUGACCCCGGUGCUGCUCGAGAUGGUGCAGAAUCUACAAGGUCCAACCAACGCAGAAGACUCUGUCCAGCUACUGAUGAAGGAUGCAGUAUACAACGCGGUGGGGCUGGCUGCGUAUGAACUCUUUGAUAAUGUGGACUUUGACCAGUGGUUCAAGAACCAGCUGCUUGGAGAGCUGCAAGUCAGUCAUCACAGGUACAAGCUGAUUCGCAGGCGUGUCAUCUGGUUGAUAGGACAAUGGAUCUCGGUCAAGUUCAAACCUGACCUCCGACCUUUGCUGUAUGAAGUCAUCCUGACCCUUAUGCAGGAUCCUGACCUUGUGGUGCGAAUCGAGACUGCGACUACUCUGAAGCUCACUGUCGAUGACUUUGAGUUUCGAACGGAACAGUUCCUCCCAUACCUGGAGUCCAUUUUCGGGCUGCUCUUUCAGCUUCUGCAGCAGGUGACAGAGUGCGACACCAAAAUGCAAGUCCUCCACGUCAUCUCCUGUGUCAUCGAAAGAGUCAAUAUACAGAUCCGACCGUACGUGGGCUGUCUAGUGCAAUACUUACCUCUGCUAUGGAAACAGUCUGAAGAACAUAACAUGCUGCGAUGUGCCAUCCUCACCACUCUCAUUCACCUGGUUAAGGGCCUGGGGGCGGAGAGCAAGAACCUCUAUCCCUUUCUUCUGCCCGUGAUUCAGCUGAGCACAGAUGUGUCCCAGCCGCCGCAUGUCUACCUACUGGAGGACGGACUGGAGCUGUGGUUGGUGACUUUGGAGAACAGCCCGGCCCUCACCCCGGAGCUGCUCAGAAUCUUCCAGAACAUGCCGGCUCUACUCGAACUGAGCUCGGAGAAUCUGCGCACCUGCUUUCAGAUCGUCAAUGCCUACUUGUACCUGUCUGCCACGGAGUUCCUCCAGAGCUACGCCGAAUCAUUGUGCCGAUCUUUCUGUGAUUUACUGAAGGACAUCACGAAUGAGGGACAAGUGCAAGUCCUGAAGGUGGUGGAAAUCGCUUUAAAGGUGAGCCCGGCGCUGGCACCGCACAUGUUCCACCCCUUGCUGCCAGCCGUCUUCAGAGGCAUUCUGGAUGGAGAGAGAUACCCGGUGGUCAUGGCUACCUACCUGGGCAUAAUCGGACGCGUGCUGUUGCAGAAUUCCAGUUUCUUCUCCUCUUUCCUCACGCAGAUGGCAUCCGAGUGCAGCCAAGAGAUGGAGCAGUUACUGGGGGCCCUGAUCGAGAUGUGGGUGGACCGCAUGGAUAGCAUCACUCAGCCUGAGCGGAGGAAGCUGUCCUCACUGGCCCUGCUCUCACUGUUGCCGUCUGACACUGGAGUCGUCCAGGAUAAGUUCUGUGGCAUCAUCAACAUCACCGUGGAAGCGCUGCACGACGUCAUGACGGAGGACCCAGACACUGGGACCUAUAAAGACUGCAUGCUGAUGAGCCACUUGGAGGAACCCAAGCUGAGCGAUGAUGAGGAGCCGCCAACGGAGCAGGACAAGAGGAAGAAACUGCUCGCCCUGGAGGACCCCGUUCACGCCGUAUCACUGCAGCAGGUGGUGUAUGAGAAGCUGAAGGCGCAGCAAAGCAUGAUGGGAGACCAGGGCUUCAGUCUGCUCAUGGAGACCGUGGACACAGAGCUGGUGCGACAGCUGCAAGAGUUCCUCCAAGUGCUCUGAGCCUGAACACCCCACACCCACCUCCUCUCCUCCUCUUCUCCUCCUUCACUUUAACUUUAACAUGCCUGAA